CGUCUUCCUCCGUAGUUUGCUCUAAACUUUCGGUGGAGAAGAUUCCUGCAACCGGACCCUCCGGGAGGAAGUGAAGCCGUCCACCUCUCCGCUGAAACCGCGGGAACUCGAUUAACUGCGCUUCGACAAACUCACUUUAAAAGUUCUGCUCCUUCUGUUUUCUUUUUCUUUUUCCUUUCGGGGGUCCGAUCCGAUCCGAUCCGCUCCUCGGAUUCGUUCGACAUGUCUCUGCGGACGAGCCAGAAGACGUCGACGACGUCCUACCGGACCGUGAACGUCGCCGCCCCGGAGGCGUCCUACCGGACCCUGAACGUCGCCGCCCCGGAGGCGUCCUACCGGACCCUGAACGUCUCCGCCCCGGAGAUGACCUACCGGACCGUGAACGUCUCCUCCCCGGAGGUGACCAGCUCGGUGUUCUCGGCCAGGUCGGUGUCCCCGAUGCAGACCGUGUCCCCGGUGCAGGCCGUGCAGAAUGGCUCGUACGAGACGGUGCGCUACCUGGUGCCGGUGCAACAGGCCAUGCAGCAGCAGCAGCAGCAGCAGCAGCACUCGUACUACGUGAUGCAGCAGCCCAUGGUGCAGCAGAUGGUGCAGCCCGUGAUCCAGCAGCCGAUGGUGCAGUGCGUGUCCCCGAUGUACCUGCAGACUCUGCCCCGCCUGAGCGUCAGCAGCCAGGAGUCCGACAUCCUGUACCUGCAGCAGCAGACGGUGGAGGAGGAAGAGGAGGAGGAGGUGGUGGUGGAGGAGGAGGAGGAGGAGGAGGAAGAACAAGGCGGCGGGGAGGAGGUGGAGGUGGAAGAGGUGGAGAUCGUCAACAUCAUACAGCAGAAGCCGCCGCCGGCCAUCGAGCGGAUCUCCCGGACGGUGGUGGGGACGGAGCUGAGGGAGGGGCCGCAGCCGGUGAAGAUGGACACGCGGUACUUCGGCGAGCUGCUGGCCGACGUCUACAGGAAGAACUGCGACAUCCACUCCUGCAUCUCGGAGCACGUGUCCAAGAUCAGAGGACAGAAACACCAGCUGGAUCCCAGCAAUGACUACAAGGUGGAGAAAGAGGAGGUGGAAGCUCUGAUUCCCAAAGGAGCCACGGAAUUGACCAAACAACAAAUCCGCUACCUGCUGCAGACUCGUCUCACUGCCGAUAAGAGCAUGCGCCUGCUGCUGGCCACCUUCAGCAGCCUGAGAGAGGAGCUGCUGCACAUGUCCGAGGACCUGCGGUGUCUGGAGAGCGAGAAAGAGUCUCUGGAGCGAGACCUGAGCUUCAAAGCGGACCAGGCUCGGCAGUACGACAGCCUCCUGGAGGCCGUCCGGGAGAACAACAGACAGCUGCAGCUGUCCCUGAAGGAAACCAGCGCCUCCCAGCGUUCGCUCGAGAGCCAGCUGAUGAGCAGCCGCAACACCGACUCGAGCCGCGAGUUCAAGGUCAAAGAGCUGGAGGGAAGGAUGAGGGCGCUGGAGAAGGAGAACGAGAUGCUUCGACAGAAGCUGUCGGGUCAGGCCAGCAGCACCACCCUGCACAUCAAGACGGAGGAGCUGUCACGCCAGUACAAGGACCAGCUCAGCAGCAUCAGACAGGAAAAAGACCAGGAGAUCCAGAGGCUGAGGACCCAGAUCACGCGCAUCCAGACGGAGGUGAGCAGCGAGAAGUCGUCCUCAGACCGGAGUCUCCAGCUGAAGAUCUCGGAGCUGCUCGCCAUGUUGGAGCAGCGGCAGACCACCAUCACCCGGCAGGAGGAGGAGAUCAAGAGGCUGAUGCAGGGCAAAAACGACAGCUCCAAGAACCAGUUCACCAAGACCAUCAUCACCAAGAGGUACAGGAACCAGUAUCCCAUCCUGGGUCUGCUCAGCGACGACUACCAGUACACCUCACCCAUCAAAGAGGACAAGACCAUCGUCAUCGAGAGCAGUGGGGCGAUGAUCAAACAGGAAACCAUUAUAAGCCCUUAAGACACACUGCUUCUCUCCGACAGGAAUGAUUGAACGACAAGAAGACCCCCCCCCCAUUGCAUGCUUGUCCUCCCCUCCCCUCCCCUCCCUUGUCCUCAGGGCCCCCCAGGGUUGGUGGCGGUUGAAAUCCCCGUCU